AUGUCAAGUCUGUCUCUCUUUCUCAAUCGGGGGGACAAAGAGUACUCUUGGAAAAGUGGAAGGAAAGUUGAAUCAUCAUCAACUUUCACCGUUAACAAACUGGGUGCCUCUCAAUCAGGAAUGUCAGCACUCGACAGUAAGUAUAUAUAUAGUCUUGACGUAUUUUAGAUCAUUUAUUCAAUCUUAAAUUUGCUGCGAAGGAGCUGCAGAGAAACUCUAAGCGAUGUGAUAAACAAGAAAAGGAAGAAAAAGAAAAGGUGACUACGGCUCUGAAGGUACUGGUCUAUAAACUACUAUAUUUCGAUUCAGAAAGGAAACCGGGAAGUGGCUCAAGUUCAUGCAGAAAAUGCUAUAAGGAAGAAGAAUGAAUCGUUGAACUAUCUUAGAAUGAGUGCCAGGAUUGACGCUGUAGCUGCGAGGGUUCAGGUAAACUCAUGUCUUGGCAUCUUUUACAAUUAUUUUGCAGACCGCUGCAACACAAAAGCGGGUUACCCAGAGUAUGUCUGGUGUCGUAAAGUCGAUGGAAUCUGCUUUAAAGUCAAUGAACUUAGAGAAGGUACAAAAUUUGAUGGACCGCUUUGAAAAGGACUUCGAGGACUUGGACGUUCAGUCUGCAACAAUGGAGGGAUCCAUGAGUGCAACAACCACGUUGAAUGCUCCACAACACCAGGUCGAGGCGCUUAUUCAGGAAGCCGCUGACAAGGCUGGGUAUGUUUUUUCUUUUUACGAGGUAUUAAUAUUUAGGUUGGAAAUUGGACAAGAAUUGCCGACGGCUGAUACUUCAAGUAUUGGAACAAAGACUUCGACCGCGGUUGGAGAGAACGAUGAGCUUUCUAAAAGAUUGGCCGCUCUGAGACAAAUGUGA